CCCUUCGCCUGGUUUGGUUUUGCCCCUCCGGCCUGUAUCGUGCGCUCUUCGGGCCUCGUUGAGUCGGGAUGAGCUGCGCUCUUUCUCCAUGGAUACCAAGCGCCCUGAGAUUCCCGGCAGCGUCUUGGACGACUUGUGCAGUCGAUUUAUUUUGCACAUCCCAAGUGAAGAACGAGACAAUGCAAUUCGCGUCUGUUUUCAGAUUGAGCUUGCCCAUUGGUUUUACCUGGAUUUCUACAUGCAGAAUACACCAGGAUUACCUCAGUGUGGGAUAAGAGAUUUUGCUAAAGCUGUUUUCAGCCACUGCCCUUUUUUACUUCCUCAAGGCGAAGAUGUGCAGAAGGUUUUAGAUGAAUGGAAAGAGUACAAAAUGGGAGUGCCAACUUAUGGUGCAAUCAUUCUUGAUGAGACCCUUGAAAAUGUGCUACUAGUUCAGGGUUAUUUAGCAAAAUCUGGCUGGGGUUUUCCAAAAGGAAAAGUGAAUAAAGAGGAAGCUCCACAUGACUGUGCUGCCAGAGAGGUAUUUGAAGAAACCGGUUUUGAUAUAAAAGAUUUUAUUAAUAAAGAUGACUAUAUUGAAUUAAGAAUCAAUGAUCAGCUAGCACGAUUGUAUAUCAUCCCGGGCAUUCCAAAGGACACAAAAUUUAAUCCUAAAACAAGAAGAGAGAUUCGGAAUAUUGAAUGGUUUUCAAUUGAUAAAUUGCCUUGCCAUAGAAAUGACAUGACACCGAAGUCAAAAUUAGGUUUGGCACCUAACAAGUUUUUUAUGACCAUUCCCUUCAUCAGACCCUUAAGAGACUGGCUUUCUCGACGGUAUGGAGACUCUUCAGAUAGUGACAAUGGGUUCUCAUCCACUAGUAGCAGCACGCCACCUAAAUCCAGUAUAGAAAAACAGAGAUCCAAACUCCAUUAUAGUCAGCAGGUGUUUACAGAUACACCCGCGGGAGACCAAUCAACAAGGCAGAGGCAAUUACAGCAACCAAAGCCAUAUAACAAUCAUUUGGAUAUGCCUGAAGCUUUAAAACUAAAGAAUGCACGAGGCAAUGGCAAAAAGCAGUAUCAAGAUACUCCUAAUCAAAAAAAGAAAACAAAUGGAGUUCAGAGUCAGCCAGCCAAACAGAACCAAACUUUGAAAUGUGAAAAGAAGCAUCCAAGGAAGCUUCAAGAUAAUUUUGAAACAGAAACAGCAUGCGAUUUGUGCUGUCUCAGCGAAGACCAGCAACUAGAACAUGGACAAUCGGUGUCAUGCAGUGGUCAUUGCAAAUUCUCUUUCUCCUCACGUGCUUUUCUGAGCUUCAAGUUUGACCAUGAUGCGAUCAUGAAAAAUUUUGAUCUCUGAAGCUUGGUUAUUUGCACAAGCUGGCUAGAGUCCUGGCACAGAGCAAUUGAGUGGGUUUUUUAAAUCCUACUUUUACAUUUUCUCAGGUUUUAAAGCAAUGCGGGGACCUAGUGGUGGACUGGAAGGUUUUGUUCUCAUUGUAAUAUGGGAGUAGCACCAUAUAGUGUUGCACUUUAAAUGCAGUCUAGCUUUUACCUGCAAAAAUGCUUUCCAGUAUAUCAUUUAGUAGUUCCUAGCUAUGCAUUAGUGGGCAUUUUUAACUCAUUUGUUGUCUGUCUAGAUUUUGGAGGAGUAUUUUACCCUUGCCUGUGUUAAUCUUUUACACAUUUAAAUUGCUCUGAUGUAUGAUAAUGGUUUUAUUUGUGAUACUUUGCGGUACAGCUGCUGAAAACACAUACAGAUUUUCUGAAGAGAACAAUAUUCUGUACUGAGCAAAGAGUUAGGUAUUUGAUGAUUCAGAAUGUUGAAAAACAACCUUUUGUUCUGAGAGAAUCGUCCUGCCUGGGAUCUUAUAUCACUCAAAUCAAUUUAUUUUCCACAUCUUCAUUGUUGCACUGUAUUGGAACUUUUUUAAAAUAUAGGCAUGAUUUAAAAUUGUAUUACUAGUGUGAUAUUUUAUCUUACUUUCUGUUUAGUAGUUCAGUUGUUUCAGCUGUAGUGAGAAGAUGGUGCUGAUAUUGGAAUGUGUCUAAUAUAACAUUUACUGUUCCCCAUGUGUGAACUGUCUAAACUGUUUCCAACCAGAAUUACAGGCAUUUUUAAAAAUAAAAUAUGAAAAUGUAUGUUUAGGGAGAUAAUUGUAGCAGAUAGAAUAAAUUAGUUUUGGAAGUAGUACAAAGAAAAAAACAUUAUACGAAACUACGUGGCUUAUAGCUUCCAUAAGAGGUGUCAAACUCAAGGCCUGGUGGCCGGAUGCGGCCCACAGAAUGCUUAGAUGUGGCCUGCGGAGCCACCUUGGAAACAGGGACAGAUUGGCCCGCGGUGCCUCUGCCAGUGAAAACAG